AUGUUUCACCUCCUGACCCUGCUUGCAGGGCUCUGUGGGCUAUUCAUAUCGGGGCUUGAUUUUCAACAGUCAUUCGUAGAGAUCACAGUUCCAGAGGAGAUCCUAUCAAAUUCAAGUGAUUCAGAUUCAGAAUAUGAAGAGAUUUCAUAUGCUAUUUCAAUAGAAGGGAGACUGUAUACUUUACAACUCAAAAAAAGAUUGUUUUUACCAGAUGAUUUUGUUGUCUAUAUGUACAAUCGUGAAGGUGCUUUGUAUUCUAGUUCCAAGAACACUAUGAAAUAUUGUAACUACCAAGGACACAUUGCAGGUUACCCAAAAUCAGUUGUCACACUCUACGCCUGUUCUGGACUCAGAGGGUUACUGCAGUUUGAAAAUGUUACUUAUGGAAUUGAGCCCCUUGCGUCUGCAGGUGGAUUUCAGCAUCUUAUUUAUCGAUUAAGAAGUGAAAACACAGAUCUUGCUAUUAUGGCAGAAAAUAACACACAUAUAGAAUCAGAGGACCUGGAAUAUAAAGUUGAUUCUAGUGUUGAAACAAAAUCAUUUAGUCCAAAGCUAUCACCUCAGUAUGUGGAAAUACAUAUUGUCUUGGAUAAAGGUUUGUAUGAUUACAUGGGCUCUGAUAUUGAGGCUGUAACAAAUAAAGUCAUCCAGAUUCUUGGUCUUAUAAAUGCAAUGUUUACUCAAUUUAAAAUGACAAUUGUGUUGUCUUCUUUGGAAUUGUGGACAUAUAAAAAUAAGAUUUCCACAACUGGGGAGCCAGAUGAAAUAUUACAAAGAUUUUUGGAAUGGAAAAAUUCUUAUCUGGUCCUACGGCCUCAUGACAUGGCAUAUUUAUUUGUUUAUAGGGAGCAUCCUACUUCUGUAGGAGCAACUUUUCCUGGAAAGAUGUGCAUUCUUCAUUAUGCUGCAGGAAUUGUUCUGUAUCCCAAGGGAAUAACCGUUGAGGCGUUUUCUGUUAUUAUUGCACAGUUGCUGGGACUUAGUCUGGGAAUAAGAUAUGACGACAAGAGUUGCCGCUGUUUACAGUCUACCUGCAUAAUGAGCCCAGAGGCAGUGCUCUCCAGUGGGAUUAAGGUCUUUAGCCACUGCAGCUUGAGUGACCUUCAAAAUUUCAUUUCAAAGACUGGAGCUAAAUGUCUUAAAAAUCAACCAACUCUUAAAUAUUAUAUGUAUGAGGAUUCUGGAUCCUGUGGGAAUUAUGUAGUAUCUGAUAAUGAAGAGUGUGACUGUGGUCCUCCAGCGGUAUGUGGAUAUACAACAUGCUGUCAUCCACGUUAUUGUCGGAGAAAUUAUUUUGCACACUGUGUUUCUGGGGUUUGCUGCCAGCCAGAUUGUAAGUUUAGUCAAGGGAGUUUAUGUAGACCUGCAUAUGAUGUACUUUGUGAUUAUCCUGAGAAUUGUAAUGGCAGCUCUAAAGCAUGCCCACCGGAUUUAAAGGCAAUGGAUGGAAGUUUAUGUGCUGACCGUACGAGUAUUUGUUUUGGUGGAAUAUGCCAGAACCCUGAUAAAAAAUGUCAGCGUCUAUUUGGAAAAGGUUCCAGAAAUGCUCCCUUUGCCUGCUAUGAAGAAAUUAAUAGUCAGCAAGAUAGGUUUGGGAAUUGUGGCCGGCAAGGAGAAAAUAGAUUUAAAUUCUGUAAUUGGAGGAAUCUCCUCUGUGGAAAGUUAAUUUGUACAUACCCUUAUCGAAAACCAUAUGUUCGAGAAAAUGUUGCUGUGAUAUAUAGUUUUGUGCUAAACACUAUAUGUAUAAGUUUAGAUCAUCAGUUUAAGCAAGGUAUUCCAGAUCCAAUGUUGAUGGCAAAUGGAAAUCCAUGUGAUGUGAGGAAGUUUUGUUAUAAUUCUGAGUGUGUAUUUUUGAAUAGAGUCACAGAUGAAGCAAAAGUUUGUUCAGAAAGGCAAUGCUAUGGUCAUGGAGCAUGCACUGACGAUAGUAGCAUAUGCGUAUGUGAAAUAGAUUAUUUCCCCCCAAGAUGCUCUUCAAGGAAAAGUAGAUUUAUUAAGGAUUAUUUACCUCAGCUAGCAGGUAAUCCUAACUACUUCCAGAGAGCUGCAGAGCAUCCCAAGAAGAACAGGCUGCUUAUAAGUUUCUACAUUUCUCUACCUAUUCUUUUGAUUAUAGCCAUAAUAACUCUCAAAUGGAAAUCUCUGAAAGGAUGCUUAUUGACAGAGGAAUCGCCAAUUACUGAGUCUGGAUCAGAAUUCAGUACAUAUUCAUACAGCAGCAGAAAUGAGCUUGGAGAAAAAGGGGGUUGCAAGGAAAGAUGCCUUAGUCUAAGAAUGUCUGUUAUUACAGACCCAAGAGUGUAUAGGAAAAUCAGGUUUAAGAAGGUCAGAAACUUGGAAGUGGAUAAGAACACUGAAAGAGUACAUGUCUUUCAAAAGGAAGGAGUAGAAUGCCACACUAGACAGCAGCAUAAUAAUGAUGAUGAUGACUGA